AUGCUUAUCUUCGAGGCCUCUACACUUGUAGUGGCACAGUUGCGAGCACAGGCGACGGCGGAUGAUUCCGAUCUUGCAGGUCGCAAGCUGCCGCAUGUUGAAAAGCAAGCGCGUUUGACUUCGCAGAAAGCCCGACUUCCCGGGCUGCUGAUAGAGGGAGAGCUGCAGCCCAGCUACGCGCUGGUAGAUGCUUGUGCCCUGAUGUCAGAGUCGAACAGCAUUACUUGGAUCAGCCCCUCGCGUUGCACUAAGCGUGAUGCUGAGGUGCAACAGCUAGGGAAAGAGAAAACCUCGUUGGUACAAAUUGAGGCAGGCACCUUGAAGGUCAGUUCGAGCAGCAAGUUGCCUGAUGCUGAUACAACCACUGCCUUGCAGCUUCUGUAUUGCUUCCAGAGGCGAGGGUUGGCAUUGGAUCAGUGCAGCCUCAUCGGCUGGUCGGACCAUGAGUGGUACGUACAGAGCCUUAUGUCCUAUCUUCAUGGAGAGCCAGUGUCAGGAGCCAGGCCCGCGAUUGCCCAGGUCAUUCGGGCAGACCGGGAGGCUUGGACAUUGAUGAGCCGUGAGAUCGAGGGACCCAUUGGGGUGAAGGAUGCGGCUGGCGAGCUGGUGAUGGCGGCUGCUUUGAGGCGGUUGGCCAAAGACCCUCGCGUAGUCGUUCAUCUUGUUACGGCACCGCAGCCGCAGAAAGUCGCCCCACCGCCUUCCAUCCCUACCGACUCGGCUGCUGCCGCAGCUUUGGCUGAGAAGGCUACCAAGAAGAAGAAGCGCAAGCGUCUUACCGGCCUUGUACCGGAGUCUUUGAAGGGAUGUGUCACCAAGAUCAAGGUACAUCGCGAUUCCAACAACGACGACUCCCACUGCAACAUCCUGCUGAAGUUGUCCGAGUUUCAGGGCGGGGCCGUUUGGGUAGAAGGUGAUGGUGACAUUGAGGUGACUGAUCCAAAGGGAUACAACGUCAGGGACUUCCAAAGACUGCCGUGUGACGAUCGCCAGAGGCUGAUUGACCUCGGCUUUCAGUGUCUACCACUUGACUUGGGCAACGACUUGGAGAGCUUCCAAAAACUUGUCGAGGCCGAGAAAAAGCGACUCGCUCUUGUCUGGUGCGAGCUGCCGUCUCAACCGUGCUCCUCUUGGGCUGCAAAUCUUUGCACCUUGGGUGAGCUUGCCGCCAGUCUUGAAAUUCCCUUUGUCAUAGCGGGUUCUCCAAAAUCGCAAUUUUGGGAUGAUCCAUUCGUCCUUCAGCUGAUUCAAAGUUUCCCUUUGCAGUUGCACCGAUGUGACCUGUGUUGUCAUGGUGACGGCCGCCCUCGGCCUUACCAAAUGGCCACGGCACAAGGGGAUUGGUCAGCCUUGGCACUCAAGUGCUCGGGCUUGCAUUCACACGCACCGUGGGUGCCGCGAAAGACUGGCGAUCCGCCUCCAGGUUUGCCCAGUCUUUUCUGUCAACGUGUCAUCGCCAAAGCCAAAGCUGCCCUUCUCCAGUCAGGAGUUCGUGAGUUUGGCACGGUUUCUCAAACCCGAGAGUCCGAUUCCACCUUCGAUGGCAGGUUGGCGUUGAACGCCUUGCCGCGCGGCCGACGCAACCCUGCUUUAGUGCAAGAGUUUGUAUCCUUCAAGUUCGUGGCUGUGCCUGCUGACCCGCCGUCGACCGAUGAAUCUUUACUUGCUGGACUGCCUAAAGGAGCUCGGGUCUUGUCUCGCCUGACCUUUGAUGGGGGUUACGAAGAGGCUUGUAAGACCUUGAGCAUAUCCUCCGGUGAAGUUUCCAUUGCAGAUGGCAAAUCAGAACUGCUUGAAGGUGAGUUGAUUAGAAUUGGCCUGCCUUCCGAACCCGAAGCCUUCGUGCAAAGAGCAGUGCAAGCCGGCCACCCUAGGGGAAGUGCACAUGUCUCGAAGCUUGUCGUAAAUGCAAUCAAAGCAAACUUCAGCGACCCACCGGCGCAAACUGUCACCUCUCGUGCUGCUGCUCUUAAACAUUGGACUGCACGAGCCAAGCAGUUAGAGCAGAAAGAGGAGGAGUUACACCGGAGUUUGCCGGAGCACCUUCGUUCUCUGCUGGAGGGCAAACGGUUGCUCUUGUGGCAGGAAAUGCACGAAGCAGCUGGAUCUCCAGAUGACCAGUUAAUCACCCACAUGUGUGAUGGAUUUAAGUUGUCUGGUUGGUUAUCGCAGGGAGGGCUUUUCCCUCCGAAGGUUAGGCCACCCUCCUUUUCGGUUUCCACCCUUAGUUGCUUAGCAAAAGGUCUGAAUCAGUCGACGAUUGCGAAAAUGCGUGUCCGGCAGGAUGAAGACUUGGAAAAGGCAACUUGGCAGGAAACUGAGAAGGAACUGCAAAAGGGUUGGAUUUUUGCUGACACAAAAAGUUGCAUAGAGCUUUGCGCUCUGGCCCGCAGAUUUGGAAUCAGACAGCUUGACAAAGUGCGUGUCAUAGACGAUGCCAGCAUUUGUGGCAUCAACGCUACCGUUGGCUUGAAGUAUGGUUUCCAAAUGCAUUCCAUUGAUAGAUAUGCUGCGUGGAUCUCCAAGGCGCUACGCAUCAAUGAGGGCAGACUGCCUGCCUGCAAAGGUCGUGUAUACGACCUUAAGAGUGCGUACAAACAGUUUGGAAUCCAUCCUACAGACAGGGAGCUUUUCAGAUUUGCAGUUAACAAACCAGGAGAGGCGGAGCCCAUGAUUAUGGGAGCAAACUCCUUACCGUUCGGUGCGGUGGGAAGUGUUGCUGCUUUCCUCCGUAUCUCGUUGAGCAUCUGGCUGAUAGGAGUGAGGCUGUUCAGUAUCUUCUGGACCGCAUUUUUCGAUGACUACGGAGUCACGACUCGCGAUGAGCUUGUUGCCAACACAGACUCUUGCAUAUGUGCCAUGUUAACCACUGCCCUCCUAGGUUGA